ACAAUGAUAAUAUACGAGCAUGAAAUUAUUUAAUAAAUAUCUAUUACAAAUAAAUCUAACAAUAAAUAUUUUCUAUUUCCAUUUAUCGGAUGUAUUUACUGUGACCGGACCUGCGCAGUUUUGAAUAAUCUUAAGAUAAAUCGUUUCUAGAUAUUUAAUGUAUCACAAAGUUACAUUUUCUAUGGUGUAUUUAUAUCAUAACCAAUUUUAAUCUGUACUCGAUGAGAAACGUGUCCAAUGUAAUAUCUUUUAACAAUAAAAGAUAAUAUUUAUUGUUAACUUAAAAUAACAUUGUACGUGAUGAAAAAUAGUAUUUAAAUACUUAUUUAAAUUAAGUAAUUAAAAUGAAAAGAAAAAUGUGGUUAUAAUUUUAUAAAUGAAAAAUUUAUGACAAUCUUCAUUUCUCUGAUAAAAAUUUAUUUAUAAAAAGAAAAUGUUUCUUCGUUUGCAUUUACGAUUGUUAAAUAAUACCGUUUCAAUUACACGAUAUUGCUCAAAGAAAUAUGCAACAAUUGUGUCUGAAGAAACUCAAAUCACAAAUGGUCCAAUUUAUCCACCUAUAUUAGAUUUGUCUUUCAAAGCUAAUCAAAAGAGAAAAAAGGAAGCUUGGUAUGAUGAAAUUAAAGAACUUAGAACUGUUGAGGAAAAGAUUUUUAAAAUCAAUAUGCCAUAUUAUUAUGGCUGGAAAUCAUUAAUUUUGAACGAACAUAAAAUACCUUACAAUUCUUUGGAACACGCGCAGUAUAUUACAAGAACUUAUAUUGUACCAGAACGUGGACUUCCAACUUUUUACAAUAAUUUAAUGUCCGACGAAGAGCUUGAAUCUAUUGUGAAUGAAAGUAAAAGUUCGAUUGAAAACAUCAUUGCUUUUGAAUAUUCUAGUAGAAGAAGGAAACAUGAAUUAAAUGAAAUUCAAUUAGAAAGAAAAUCGACGAUGGAAAGUAUUAUAACAAAUGCGAUUGUAUAUCAAAUUAAUAGAAUAUUGCAAUCAAAUCUUGUUAAUAUUAGGCCACAUUUAUUGGAAAUUCAAACCGAUUUUGAACCACGUGUUGAAGCAUUUUGGAUUGUUGGUGGGAUAGAACCAUCGGGUUUAAAAUUAAAGGAAAGGAAACGUAUAUCUUGGAUGAGACAAUAUGCCUAUGAUCCAAUAGAUAUUCCUGUACAAUAUUAUGGCAAUUCUAUUCUCCAAACACGACAUGAUCUUCCACUAAAGGAAAUUAUGUCUUUGAGCGAAUGCGAGGAUUCUUCUUUGACUGUUCCACAGUUUAGGUUUGAUCCCAGAGUAUUAGGAUAUACUAUGAAUCGUAAGCAUGCUACGAAUAUACCAGGAUUUUGGCCUGGUGAUCCAUGUGAAUUUGGCCUUUUAUCUUAUCACAAUAGUACAUCCAUAGCUGAAAGACCAGAAAAAUGUAAUGAUGAAAAUGAUGCAUUUCUUAAACAAGCUAUUUUAGCUUCCUACAGUUGGUUAUUAUCACAAGCCUCUUAUCAAGGUUUUUCAACAUUUCACGAUGUUACUUAUCCAUUUGUCAAUCAAGCAGUUAUAACUAAUGGCCAAUAUUGGUCAUUUUAUGUUUAUCAACUUAAUACUACUGUAUUGCAUUCAGAAAAUAUUGAUGAAAAUCCGAGACGUAAUAUUUGUUGGGCUACAGAAUCUGUAAAAUUAUUUGAUAAAGUUGAAGGUGAAAAGGUUCAUGGCUUGAACACUGAUGUUCUUAAAACUUUAAUUAAAUUUUAUGCAAACACUCCUGCAGAAAGAAUGAUUGAAAUGAAACCAUAUUUGGGAAACAUUGUACAAAAAAUAGCUGACAUCAAAUCUGACAAACGAAGAGACUGGCUGGAAAGAUAUUAUAAACAUCUUGUAACAAAUAGACCACGCCAUAGAAAACCACCAGAGAUAUAUCAUUGGCAAAAAAUUUAUCUUAUUGAUAAUAAGAUGUGUCCUAUGAUGAAAAAGAGACAUCCGUUCCAAUUUGGAAUUUCUGUUAUGAAACGUAAACUUGAUGAUCAUGCCUUAAAGUAUGUACCAAAAUAUUUUAGAGUGAAUCCGAAGAAGAAAUUAGGUAACUGGGAACAAACUUUUUAUCCAUAGAAUUUAAAUAACAUGUUUUCUCUCUUUUCGAUGCAAAUAAUAUUUCACUUUGAUAUUUUUCAUGGAUAGAUUAUAAUAGAAUUUUUAAUAUAACAUUUUUAUUUUAUGCAAUAUAAAUAUAAACAUAAUAAUUGAAGAUAUUACAGUGUAAAUAUUAUUGAAUUAAUCCGAUCUCUGUCCAUAUCAUAUGUUUCACAAUAUAAAUGUCAGAUCAUUAAAAAAUUUAUUUAUAUGUUAUAGUGUGAAUAGAAUAUGAACUUAUUUCCAUCUUAAUAGGACCGUUUUUAGAAUCUAUAAUUGUAAUAUUCUUACUUUUUGAGCUCCUAAAAGAAAAGAAGAAUAUAAUAAAUUUAUGAUUGCAAAAGACUUUUCAUAGUAAAUAAAGUAUACAUACAUAUUGUACAGCACAACUACGAUCAUUUUUGAGGGAGUUUCAAAAGCAAUAGUCCUUAUGUCAUUUGUCUCCAUGCUUUCAAUCCUUACAGAAUCUCGUUCUACGAAUCUACUGAAAUGUUUGAUCGCGUAGAACGUUGGUUGUUUAAAAAAUUCAUCAGUUUCAGGAUUGACUAUGAUAGGUGAGUCAACAUAAUUGUGAAUAUAAUUUGGACCACCCAUUUUAUUUAAAGCAAGAUUCCAAUCUAUCCAUCCUGUUACGCUGUGUCGUAAAUUCUACACAAGAUAUUUUACAAAAAUUAAUAUUACAAUUAACAAAAUUUCAUAUUGGAUUCUUAAAAGAAAAAGUUCAAAGAAAACCUGGAUUAUGUUGAGAAGAUAAUCUUCUCCUCUUUUCCAAGAUCCUAGCUGUACUUUCGGAUUAUCAUUAGGUUGAGAACCUAAUGUAAUUAAAAAUAGAUCAAAAUGAUUGAAAGAUAGAGAGAGAGAGAGAGAGAGAGAGAGAGAGAGAGAGAGAGAGAGAGAGAGAGAGAGAGAAAAUAUAUUUUUCUUGACUUUAAAUUUACUUUAAAAAGAAAAAAAGUAAUUUUCACAUUCUAAUCAAUUAUCAUGUUAUUAAAUAUAUUAACUUACCAACGCAUGCUUCGGUCAAAAGAAGAAAUUUAUUUGGAUACUUAUUAUGAGUUAUGUCUAACAAUGAAGGGGAAAUAAACUCGUCCGUAUACCAAUGUACAGCUAUGCCGUGGAUAUAAUCUAAUGCUUUUUUAUUCUUGAGAACAUGAUCUAAAAACUGUAUUAAAUAGAAUCUUUGAUCAUCUAAAACUAAAAUCAUCGUUUUGUUAUAUU